AUGGACGUUAACUUGACUGUGGAGUGGGGUUCAGAAAAAAGUGUACGAACAAAUAAAUUGAGACAUCAUGAACCCGACUUGGGUCAUGCGUCUAGACCGGGGUUUAGGGCCGGCACAACUGGCUCGCGGCAAUGUGAUUUUCUUUGCACAUCCUCUUCCCAUUGCCAUUUGACUCCGGCAUCUACUCAACUCUCACCACGCCGACCAGCAGCACUUCGGCAUCCAUCAAGCCUCGCGGUCAUAGAUCUAUUACACUACACUAAUAUUGGAGCUGGUGUCGGGAAUAGAAGACGGGCUGCAUUUGUUGUGGAUCCUUAA